AUGUUGCGCUGUGCCCAUAGCAAGCUGUUCCGCGCCACGCCGCUGCUGCGUGUGUGGGCCGCGGAGGAGGACGACGCGAGCGCCCCGCGGACAACCUUCAGGAACGUGAGGCCUGGCCGGCUGCUGCGGCUGUGGCGCCAGAUGCGGCACCGCGCAUGGAUGCUGUACGCGUGGGAUGAGGAGUGGGUGUCGCCGAUGCAGGAGGGCUACCUGCACCAGCAGCGUCUCGAGCAGGUGUGCUUCGCGCCGCUGUCCGCGUACGGCGUGGUGCCUGGCAGCUACUGCGAUCCACUGCUGUACAACACGAAGCGCACGUCGCCGUUCCGGUGGCACGUGGCGAACGUGCAGGGCGACAUUGUCGGACACUGGUACAUGGACGCCGACGAGCUGUUCCGCAUCGAGGACUGGCAGCCGAGGGAGCCGGACGACCCGCUGGAGAUGUUCCCGCGACCGCCGCCGAUGCUGCUGCGGUGGGACGAGUCGGUGGACGAGCACGGCAACCGCGCGUUCCGGUACAGGUACCACUACGAUAUGAUGGGCCCCACGGGCAAGUGGGAGGCGUACCCGCGGUGCCCCUUCUCUCACCUUUACCAUGGCGGGUCAGACCAGCACGGACGCGCUGAGGGGUACGGCUUCCAGCAGGGCCACCUCCUGCGCUGCGACGAGGCGGAGGAGGAGGUGCUGCGCCGCAUCAUGGAGGGGGAGGACAGGGAGUGGGAGAUGGUGAAGCGGACGGAGGCGGUGCAGGAGCCGUGGUCGUACCCGGGCAAGAUCCGCCCGAGGGACUUUGAGGGGGCGGUGGAGCGUGCGAAGGCGCGGUACCGCGAGCGGGUCCGACACGGCAAGGAGACGGACCCGAGCGAGGACCCCGAGUACGACCUUGUUCAGGCCAGCGAGUACGUGGAGCCGCGCGAUGGGCGGCGGGCGGAAUGGCGGCAUUUGUGGGCGUCGGGCCGCAAGCCCGGCGAGUCGCUGCCCUUCCACGUAGCGUUCAACGACGGACUGUGCUUCGAGGGGAACGAGGGCGGCCCGCCAGCGCACCCGGCGGCGCACUACGAGGCGACGCCGAAGGGGGCGCCGUACGGGAGGUACGAGGACGCGGACGCCGCUGCAGCCCGCGCAGCUGAAGCGGCGCACAAUGCUGCGUGUGAGCAGUCGCUGAGCGAGGCGAUGGCGCGGCAUCGCAGGCUGUUUGGCGACACGAGCGGCGCGCCGAGCGGGCCGAAGGCGCCUCUGCCGACGGGUUGCCGGCCGAUGAGGUGCGCGCCGGGCCCGCCGCUGCCAUCUGGCCGCAGCCGGAGCUCGGGCGCCAGAGCAGUGGGCAGCGGGUUAUUUUUUUGUUCGCCCACUCUUUUUCGUUUUGCUUUUUCGUGCCUCGUACUCGUGCUUUUAUACCCCCACCCUCCGAUAUUUCUCUUACGACCCCUCCUUCCCCCUCUUCCCUUUCUUUUGCCUCGACAUCGUCUUUUCAUCGUGGGUAUACCGACCAAACGAAGCGGACGGGUGGACGGGGGCGCACCCGCCCGCUGGUCAUGCUCUCUGUUUCGCUGGCCGCCCACUCCACGCCGCUGGUCUGUGCGGAGCUCCGCGCUGCGUAUGGCUCGCCCCUCCCUGCCCCUCGCCUCCUCCUCAUGUGCACCGCUCCCUCCCUCUCCCUCCCUCUCUAUCCUUCGUUGUCACCUCGGCCAACCUUCACGGACACGCAGACGUACGUGCGCAUCCACACUACCCCUCGCCUCGCUGCUGCUGCUGUGA